UGACAGUGGUAUUGCCAAAGAUAAGAGCUGGAGACGGCGACAACGACAGUGUUAUUGCCCACGUUAGUACGCAGCUGACUAACUGGCUAACUGACUGAGCUGACUGUGACUCAACCUCUCAGCCUUAAAGCGCUUGCCUCUUUGACAGCGCCCCAAAGCGAACCGAACCAAACAUUAAACAAUACUCAGUCCGCUGUGUUGUUGUCACCAUUGCGGUCGCGUUUUGUGUUUUUGAUUCAUAUUCAUUUCAUACCGCGCGACAGUCGUCUCAAAAAAUACAUAAAAUAAAGCGAGAAAAAAAACAAAAAAUCCAGUUGACCAAAUUUUCGCAAUAACUCACAGCCGCUGCGCCGCCGCAUAAAUGAUCAGCACGAACAGCAUGAGGUCACAGGAGGGUCAACAGGCAGCCGGGCUGCCGAAACCCAAAAACAAUACACCCAGCACACAACUGACUCCAGAUGAGAACGAUGCUGUCUUUAGGUUAUUGGGAAAAAAGUGUCAGACCUUGAACACUGCCGUUGUGCAAAUCUACAAGACGGAGGGCAGUGCCCACUCCCACUGGAAGAAGAAGCAUACGGGUGUCGUUUGCUUUGUUAAGGAUAGCGGCAUUCGCUCCUAUUUCCUGCGUGCCUACUGCCUCAUCAAAAAUGAACUGAUAUGGGAGCAUGAGAUAUAUGAUGGCAUGCAGAUUGUCAAAUCGCGUCCCUUUCUUCUAACCUUUGAGGGCAGCGAUGGCUAUGUUGGCUUGAACUUUGUGUCGGAGGAUGAGUGCGAUUCGUUCUUUCGCGUUGUGGACGCCACCAUCGAGACACGUAAUCGCAAGCGUGUGGAGAAACGCAGCCGCGUAAAGCUGGCGCCCAAUGCGCCACAGGAGGCACAGGCGCGUCCACCGUCUAUCCAGGGCCGGAGCACUUCCACGAUGGAUAGCGCGCCCGUGCAGUUGCGCAACAACAAAAUUGGAUCAGUGACGCUUACUCCAGCAGCAGCGUCGCCAGCGCCAACGAAAAACUUUUUAUCCAGCAACUUUGGAUUGAGCGGAUCCGGGGGCAAGGCUAAGAAACAUAGGGUGACCAAAGCGGACAUUAGUCAGCCGACGAAUUUUGUUCAUGUCAGCCAUGUGGGCUGGGAUGCGGACAAGGGAUUCGAUUUGGCGGGCAACGAGAGCGACGAGAUGCUGACCCGUUUCUUUGCCAAGGCUGGCGUCUCCGAAUCCCAGCUAAAUGAUCGAGAAACUCGAGAAUUCAUCUAUGACUUUAUACAGGUCAAUAAUGUGCUGGCUUCGGUAAAAGAGGAGACUAAAUCGCCCACAGAGCCAACUCGUCAUAUGCCUCCCCCGGUGCCCAGUCGUCAAAUUCAACAUCAGUCACAGAAUGGCAACCAAAUAUCCGCGCCGCCGCUACCGCCAGCACGACAACCGCCGCCGCCGGUGCCAACCACGGCGCCAGGAGCAUCCCGUGCGCCGGCGCCACCCAGCAGACCGCCACCCAUAAUUACGGCACCUCCGCCACCGCCACCAACGGUCUGCCCACCAAGUGCAGCGCCACCACCACCACCGCCUCCUCCGCCAGCGGUUGCACCACCACCACCACCACCUCCGCCCAUGCCCACAGCAGAAAUGCCAAUUGUUGCAGCCACGCAUGCGCCAACUCAGGCCAGCAAAGAGGCGCCUCCUCAAGUGGAAACUAGUUCACGCAAUGCGUUUUUGGAUGAGAUACAGAAGGGCAUAACACUAAGGUCCGUGGAAACAAACAGCACUGGCACUGGCACUGACACUGGCGACUUGCGCGAUAAUCUUUUGGGUCAGAUACGCGAGGGUUGCACAUUGAAACCGGUCUCCGAUCGAAUAUUGGAUGAGCCGAGGAGAGGUAACACCGAUGACCUAGCUGAUGAUCUACGUAAAGCCCUUGCGCGACGUUUCCCAGCUUUUCAGCAUUCAGACGAUGAGGACAGCAUUACCAGCAAUGAAUGGUUCGAUUAGAUUUCAUCUGGGCAACGCCUAGACAAAUUGGACGAUGGAUGUGUCAAAAUUAUUCCAAAUAUAAGCAAUAAUUUAAUUUGUGCUUUGGCAUUUUGAUUUAUCGAUCAGAUAAGUCGCUGUAAAUAAUGUUUAGUGAAUUUUCAUACCUCUUUAAUUUAAUUUUUAAAAGUGUAGAACAACAAUAACUAAAAAAAAAGAGAACAACUUAAUAACCACAAGUAUAUAACUAAAAGAAUAUAUUAAUCGCAUGGACUUUGCGUUUUUUCAAAUUCACAUUUGCAUACCCUUACAUGAAAUUGCUCAAAAGUCGUAAUCAAAAAAAGAACAAAGAAAGAUAUAUACCAUAUAUAUUUAUCUUUAUUUAUGUAUGAAUAUAUGCAACUAUAUUGCCACAACAACAACCUUAAAGAAAAAUAGAAUCAUAUACACUUAACUUGUUCAGAGAGAUGUGCCAAAAAGAAUGAAGGACCCUGUCAAAAGAACACCUACACAACCCGAUGCAAAGUCUGUAUAUGAGACCUAAGAAAUUUUUAUGAAAAUGUGCCUAAAUUACUAGCCUAGGCCAACGGGAUACGUUUCGUAAACUAUAACUAAUAACAUAAUCUAGACAAAAUUCGAGAACUGAGGUUUUACAAGCAUAAAUAUAAUCGAAAAUAAAUUUGAAAUUGCAUAUGUAAAACAAUUUAAAAAUAUAUAAAAUUAAUGAAUGUUAAAUUGAAAUUACGAUAGUAAUGAAAACAUAUUAACUUCCCAAUAAUUAAUCGAUUUGCAAAAGAAAUACACAAUUAUAAGUACAUUUUGCUCAAGAUAAAGGUAACGAAAUUUUUAAAAAUAAUUAGUAAUUUGUUUAUUAAAUAACAAAUUAACUAUUGGUAUUAAUAUGAACUUAUACACAUUAGUAAAUAUUUAUGUAUUUAACCCUUUUCCAAACCCCAAUGCUUCCUGGAACUUCUUUCAAAGAUGUUACUUUUCUUUAAUCUACACUUUUACCACGGAUCUAUUUAAUUUUGACCCAAGAACUAAGUAUUAAUGCUUUUAGUUAGAGUGCAUUAAAUGCAAAAAAAAAAACUUUGUAGUCAUUUCAUUCUAUAUGUUGUAUAAAUAUUAAAAUGAUAGUAUGUUUACCGUUAGUUAUAAUGGAACAUCACUAAAUUUGUCUGAGUAA